CGGAGCCGGGGGCGGGCCAAGUGUCCGGGCUUUGGGAAACGUCUACCAGGCCUGCGAACCCCGCGAGUGGGCCUGAGCGGCGGAAGUCCGGCUGCGGGAGCAUGCGGGAUCUUAGUUCCCCAACCAGGGAUUGAACCCGUGCCCCCUGCAGUGGAAGCACAGAUUCUUAACCACUGGACCGCCAGGUACCCCAGCCUUUCUUUCUAAGACCUGGAGGGGGGCUCAGCUGGACAUGGCAGCUGUGAGGCCCGGCCUGGGACGCGUCAUCCCUGGAUCAUCCAUCCUCUUCCUGUGCGACAUGCAGGAGAAGUUCCGCCAUGUCUUGUUCUUCCCCCAGAUCGUCUCUGUGGCCGCCCGCAUGCUCAAGGUGGCCCGGCUCCUGGAUGUGCCCGUUGUGCUGACCGAGCAGUACCCACAAGGCCUGGGCCCCACAGUGCCCGAGCUGGGGGCUGAGGGUCUGCAGCCACGGGCCAAGACCUGCUUCAGCAUGGUGCCCGUGGUGCAGCAGGAGCUGGACGCGCGGCCCCGGCUGCGCUCUGUGCUCCUCUGUGGCUUGGAGGCACAAGCCUGCAUCUUGCACACAGCCCUGGACCUCCUGGACCAAGGGCUGCAGGUCCACGUGGUGGUGGACGCCUGCUCCUCCCGCAGCCAGGUCGACCGGCUGGUGGCGCUGUCCCGGAUGCGCCAGAGCGGCGCCUUCCUCUCCACCAGCGAAGGGCUCAUUCUGCAGCUCGUGCGUGAUGCCGCCCACCCCCAGUUCAAGGAGAUCCAGAAGAUCAUCAAGGAGCCCGCCCCAGACAGCGGGCUGCUGGGCCUCUUCCAUGGCCAGAACCCCCUCUUCCGCUGAACUCCCUACCCUGCCUUGAGGCGAGACCACCUUCUUGUCCCUGGGACCUUGGCAGAAGCGCUUUCUCCCCCAUUCUUGGAUCCCAAGAGUGGUGCAGUCCACCGGGGGUACCGCCCCCUCAGGAGGGGAGGUGGGUGCCACUUUUCCAUUGGGCGGCAGCUCCCGGAAAUGCAAAUGAGACUCCUGGAAGCUGGGCGGGGGUUGGCUGAGCCGAGCUGGGGGUGGGGCUCGGCCCCCGGGCCACUUCAAGGGGUGGCGAGGGAAGGGGGAGGGAGUGUCACAGGCUGUGUGGGACCCGGUCUCAGAGAAUAAACAUUGAUGUGACUGUG